AUGUCUAGAGAUUCUCCCAUUGAAAAUCGAGAUUACCCAAUAGGAAACAAAAUUAUCACAGAUACAAGUAGAAUACAAACAACUAAUAUACGACCAUUAGCACGAACAGGUGUGAUAGAAAUUAAUAUUAACCUGUCAUUUGGUCAUUCACGAGGAACAGCUGGUAAAACAACAUCGGAUUAUGGUUUCGAGUCACAACGACGUUUGAAUAAUAAUUCUCGCAAUGCACUGGCAAUUGACAAUGUUGAUAUUCAAUUGAUUGAUGAAUAUCGUGGUGAUAAAACAACUCAACGAAUUCGUGUAUCUUUACAAAAUCUAGAAAUUCAAGAUGAAUCUUAUGUAUGUUUAAUUCCAUAUUGUCCCCUUAUCGCCAUACAAGCCACUGAUUAUAUUCUAAUUAAUGUAUCAACAUUUCUUUCCCAUCUCCGAUUACAAUUAACCUAUGAAGAAACAACUGGAUCAGUUAUGUGUUUUGGUAUAUAUACAACAGACUCAAUGAAGUGUUUGGAUAAAAUUAAUUUACAUCCGAAAAUCAAAACGUAUACUACAUGUCAAAUAUCAAUUUACGAUUGUCAAGCAAAUAAAUUUCAAAAUAUUUAUCGUCAAAGUUUAAUAUAUCAUUUUCAAUAUGAACAAAUUGAUUCUAGAAUUAAACAAUCGAUUAUACAACCAUUUGAAAUAGAUACACAACUACACAAAGCAUUGUCGUUUAAUUUUUUAACAUACGAUAAAAUAACAACUGAUCGAAUAGUUUCUACAACGUUGUUUAGUAUCCAACAACAAUCGCAGACAGCAUCUAUGGAAAGACAACAACGAGCGAUUCAACAACACCCAAUAAUAGCCACUCAGUUAUUGAGUGUUAAUGGUGAUAUCGAUAACUCGUUAUGUGAGAAUAAAUUCAUUAAUACAUCAGAAGUGAAUUAUUUCCAAUUUAAUAGUACGGGAAACGAUCUGAUAUCAAACUGUUUUAUAACAAUUUUACCAUUGGAUAAUCCAUGGUAUAGACAAGAACAUUCAUCUUCAUCACGUUUAGGACCAUGUCGAACAAAAAUAUCUGCCUAUCACGCACCCUAUUAUACUGAUGAUGUUGUAAAAAAUCGAUUUAUACAUGCAAAAUUAGGCUCAAAUAUCAAUAUAACAUGGUGA